ACAAAGUAAUCAAACAGGAAGGGAAACAAAGGGCACUCAAACAGGUGAGGAAAAAGUAGCAACGAACAUCCUGCCCUAUAGAUUCUUUGUCUCCUGAAUCUCAUCUGGAAAUGUUUUUCAAAAGGGGGACUGACACUAUAAAAAGGAAGGACGGACACCCUAAGAUAUCCCCUGUCUCUCUCUGCCCAUCAAUUCACAGCACCCAAAGGAAUAAAGGAAGUAGACAUUGGACUGGAGAAGGAGUCCUGAUCUAAGGAGUUUGGUCAGUAAGACUGCUGAAAACAUGUGAUAUAUGUAUGCUGCUGUCCUGUGUGCACCUGAUUCGCCGACCUCUCCAGUGCAUCCAACCUUUGCUUGUCUUGCCUUCACGCUCCUUCAUGGAUCUAAAAGCUCUAGUUUCCUCCUUGAAUGACUUUGCUUCACUCUCUCUGGCUGAAAGCUGGGACAAUGUAGGACUACUGGUAGAACCGAGCCCACCCCAUACUGUGAGCACACUCUUCCUAACUAAUGACCUUACAGAGGACGUAAUGCAGGAGGCAUUGCAGAAGAAGGCAGAUCUUAUCCUCUCUUACCACCCACCCAUAUUCCGAGCACUCAAGCGCAUUACAUGGAAAACCUGGAAAGAGCGUCUUGUGAUCCGGGCUUUGGAAAACAGAGUUGGCAUUUACUCUCCACACACAGCAUAUGAUGCCAUACCUCAUGGAGUCAAUAACUGGCUAGCCAAAGGACUUGGUGUCUGUACCACUGUCCCACUACACCCAUUAGUGGCUCCCAGCUACCCAACUGAGGGCACUCACCGAGUGGAAUUCAGUGUGGACCAUACUGAGCACCUGGAGACAAUCCUAUCUAGCAUGCGAGGGAUCCCAGAGAUUUCAUCUCUCAUUACUCUCCCUGCCAGGGCUGAAGGUGAGGAGCAGACACGAGUCAGUUUGAACUGUACCCAGAAGGCGCUGCUGGAGGUGGUGGCAUUAUUGUCACGGAACACCCUUUAUCACAAGACUGAAAUAAUGUUAUUACAGAAGCCUCUGCUUCCACAUACUGGAAUGGGACGCCUAUGCACGCUGAGCGAGCCAGUCUCCCUGUCAGCCUUGACUGAACGAAUCAAAAGCCACCUAAGGCUGCCUUACAUACGCCUGGCCCUGGGAACGGGGAAGACAUUAGAAGCCAACGUGAAGGUGGCUGCUGUGUGUGCUGGCUCUGGGAACAGUGUCCUGCAGGGUGUGGAAGCCGACCUCUAUCUCACUGGAGAGAUGUCCCACCAUGAAGUACUGGAUGCUGUUGCCAAAGGGAUAAGUGUGAUUCUGUGUGAGCACAGUAACACUGAGCGAGGCUUUCUGUCAGAGCUGCGAGAUAUGCUGGCUACACACUUAGAGAAUAAGAUCACCAUCAUUGUGUCAGAGAGCGACAGAGACCCUCUUCGGGUGGUAUAGAAGAAAGCAAGGGUUGCAGCAUGGAGUCCAGAGUUUGUGUCCCACACAGACUUAAUGCACGUGCAAAUUUGAUUAAGAUGCUCUGAACUGGUGCAGUCCCAAAUAACUGUACAAUACAUUCCCCAAAGUGUGGGAGAGGUAAAAUAUCUGUCAGGUAAAGAAGAAUGUUAAUUUUGGGCUGAAAAACUAUUUCCUUAAGUUUACUACUUGCUGUAUUUAGUAGGGAUGGGAUAAUGAGACUAACCGAGUAAUCCAGCAAGAACAAUAUAGAUUGGUAACAUCAAGCCUCUGUAGCUUGGUUUCAUAGCCCCACCAGUACUAGAAUAUGUCCCUAAUCAUUAGUACAAAAGUGACUUAUAUUUAGGGAGUGGAACUCCUGUUAACAUUUCAUUAACUAUUUACAGAUUGUUGACUCUAAAUACUGCUAAUGCACAGCAAACUGAAUAAAAAAUGUGGAACAAA